AGCCAUCAUGCGCCAAAAACCUUUUCCGGUCUUUUUUUCCCCCUCACAAGUUUCCAAAUAAUCCACGUCCCAGGCACAGACAGGGUGACUAGCCUAAGCACAAAAUGAUGCUGAAAUUUGUGAUAUUAUCCCUUUGCGUGGGCUUUGUGGUGGGCAGUUCAGUUCACAGAGGGGGACAUCUGGACAUCACCGAGGCCCUGGAGAAGCAUGUGGCGCAGGGACAAACCACUUUAAACGAGAUGUUCAGGGAAGUGGAAAAACUGAUGGAGGACACCCAGCAAAAACUAGAGGAGGCUGUUCACCAGAUGGAGAACGAGUCUUCAAAAUCGUUGCUACAUGGACGCAACUUUCCUGCCAGUUUUCACAAUGAAACCACGAGCGUGAUCAAGGUUGGAAAUCGAACAGUCCAGCUGAUAGAGAGAAUCGACAAGGAAACAGAUAAUACGACUGGAAAGACUAAUUUUUCCAGAACUCUCAUUCAGAACACUGAACGUUGGAAUGAAGUAGAUCACGAGUGCAUGAUUGACGAGGACUGUGGGGACGGCAGCUUCUGCCUGUACGAGAUCCUCACCUCCAAAUGCGUUCUGUGCCAGACAACUAAUAUGGAGUGCACAAAGGAUGUGGAGUGUUGUGGAGAUCAGCUGUGUGUGUGGGGUGUUUGUGCUCAGAACAGAACUAAAGGACAGUCUGGAACCAUCUGUCAGUACCAGAGCGACUGCAGCCCUCAACACUGCUGCGCCUUUCACAAAGCCCUGCUCUUCCCCGUGUGCCGCCCCAAGCCACAGGAGGGCCAGGGUUGCCACAGUCACCCCAAUCAGCUGAUGGAUCUGUUACUGUGGGACGAGGAGGGGCCGCAGGAGCACUGCCCCUGUGCUGCAGGCCUGCACUGCCAGCCUCUCAAGAAUAAAUCAGUGUGUGUGCAUGAGAGGAACACUUCUGGUUAAGGAAAUGUGGACUGAUCGCUCCCAAUGAAACAUUGAUCAGUGUUGUAAUUUGUAAUUUUGUCUCUAUUUGUAACAUCGAAGUGCCUUAUUUUUUCCUCUUAAUUCAAUGAGAGGAGCUUUAAUUUAUAGUUUUUGUGUAAUUUGUGUGCCACUACAUCAAAUGGAAUUACAAAUGUUUUAAACAGAUAAGACAUGACAACGUUCUGAAUAUGUGGACCUAGCUGGGCAUUAUAUUCCUUCCAAAUAAAUAUGAUUUCUUGCCA